UUGUUAACACCAUGGAAAAGAGUAGUACAUUCAGAUCACAAGAUCAGAAACCACCCCAUGUAGCCAUAUUCCCAUCCCCAGGCAUGGGUCAUCUAAUCCCAGUAGUCGAGCUCGCAAAACGACUCGUCGUACACCACAACAUCAACGUCACUUUCAUCGUCCCAAACGACGGUUCAACCAUGGAACCUCAAAAGAAACUCCUUCAAGCCCUACCCAAGCCCAUGAUAUCCUCCAUUUUUCUUCCCCAAAUGAGCUUCGACGACCUUCCUGCUGACUCGGUAAACGAGACUCGGAUCGCACUCAGUGUGACUCGGUCCGUCCCGGCUCUACGACAGUCUUUGAAGGCCUUGACCGAGUCAACUCGGUUGGUGGCUCUUGUCGUUGAUAUGUUCUGUCUAGACGCCUUUGAUGUGGCAAAAGAGUUUAAUGUUUUGCCCUACAUGUUCACAUUUUACAAUGCCUUGGUGUUGUCAUUGGCGUUUCAUUUGCCGAAGCUUGACGAAACGACAACGUGCGAGUACAAGGACUUGCCUAAACCGGUCAAAUUGCCCGGGUGCGUGCCGGUCCAUGGACGAGAUCUCGGGGACCCGGCUCAAGACAGAAAGCAUACGAUCUAUAAAGUGCUCCUUAACAUAUCUAAACGGUCUUAUGAGGCUGCGGGGAUCAUAGUAAACAGCUUUCUUGAUUUGGAACCGGGUGCUUUAAAGGCUUUGAAAGAAGGAUUCUACAAUAACCCACCGGUUUACCCAGUCGGACCGGUGGUUCAGACCGGUUCAUCCUCUUCUGAUCCGUGCUUGAGCUGGUUGGACAAGCAGCCAAAAGGGUCGGUUCUGUUCGUUUCAUUUGGUAGCGGUGGGACCCUCUCUCAAGACCAAAUGACCGAAUUAGCCCUGGGCCUUGAGAUGAGUGGAGCCCGGUUUUUUUGGGUUGCGAAAAGCCCACAUGAGAAAACAGCAGCGCGUUUCUUUAGCGUCGAGAGCAAUGAAGACCCUUUUGAUUACUUACCAAAAGGGUUCUUGGAAAGGACCAAAGAUGUGGGUUUGGUGGUGAGCACUUGGGCACCGCAGGUUCAGGUCCUGAGCCAUGGUUCGACCGGCGGGUUCUUGUCACAUUGCGGUUGGAACUCAGCACUUGAGAGCAUUGUUCAUGGGGUGCCUUUAAUUGCUUGGCCUUCGUAUGCUGAGCAAAGAACAAACGCGGUUUUGCUAGCUGAUGACGUGAAAGUGGCUAUUAGAGUCAAAGUCAACGAUAAAGGCUUGGUGGGGCGUGAAGAGAUUAGUGGGCGUGUGAGGGAGUUGAUGGAAGGGGAAUUAGAAGGGAAGUUGAUAAGGGCGAGAGUGAAAGAAUUGAAAGACAAGGCUUGUUUGGCUUUGAGCAAAGAAGGGUCUUCUACCAAAUCACUUGCGGAGAUUGCUCAAGUGUGGGUGAAUAAUUGCCAGCCUUAAGAAUAGAUUGCCAUAUCAAUAUGUCUAUGAUGAUAAU